AUGGCGGUCAAGCAGAGUCAACAAUUCAAGUCCAUUGUAGCACUCAAUCCAGACAGAGCUGAUCUCUUGGCUGCAAUUCCUACAACCCAACAACAUUCCAUCUCCUCCCUGUAUACUUUAUGUUGUCUUCUCGAGGAAUUACCUGGUCAAUGGCCAGUAUUCCAACUCAUCAAGACUUAUACACGACUCUACACACAACUCCCAGAAGAUGCCAAGACAAACAGCACUGACGAGCUCUGUUCCUUCAUUGAGAAGACUUCAGCGCUAGUUAAGAGCUCAUAUACAUCCUUUGCGCAGUUCAUUGGCUGCGAUGACAAGCCAGCCCUACGAGCCCCCACAGAUGAGGAUGUCAUCACCCAUCGCGAACUACGACAAUUCGUUGACAACUUCCAACUUCCUGUUGAUACAUCAACCAAGAGACCUGUUGUUUCGAUCGCAUUACCAAAUGGACCGUUACUAGCAGCAACAUGCGUCGCUGUCACGACUUACUACACCGCAUCACCAAUCAACCCCGCCGCUGGAGCAGAACAAUUCCGAGCAGACAUUCUCCAAGCACGAGCAGACUUUAUCCUCACAACGAAGGAUGAGUACACAAAGCUCCAACUAGAUGCUAGUUGGGUCCCAGAUAACAAGAUCCGGAUCUUCAUCAUGGACUGGACUCGAGAUGAGGGCAUUUCGCUAAGGACAGUCGAUGGAGAAGCUAUCCCCACUGGUAGUGCUGAGCGAGUCGCUAACAAGGCUGAUGACAUUGGCCUGAUUCUCUUCACGAGCGGAACGUCGGGUACCAAGAAGGUAGUCCCACUGACAGUGCACUCUAUCAUCGCUGGCGUUGCUUUCGUCAUUGAAUCAUGGGGUCUUACAGCUAGUGACAUCUGUCUGAACAUGAUGCCCCUCUACCACGUAGGAGGUUUAGUUCGCAACAUCUUUGCACCGAUAUUCUCUGGCGGUUCUACGGUUUGCUGUCCCUCCUUCGAUGCCAAUCUGUUCUGGGACGUGGCUGAGACCAUUCAACCAACAUGGUACUACGCUUCACCAUCGAUGCACUCCAUCAUCAUCGCAGAAGCAGCUGCACGACCUGAGGCUUUGCAAAGAAGUCGGAUACGGCUAGCUUGUAAUGCUGCUGGUGGAUUGUUACCAUCUCUGGCGUAUCAAUUGAGGGAUACGUUCAACUGUGUCGUCUUACCAAGCUAUGGAAUGACAGAAUGCAUGCCCAUAUCUACACCUCCACUAAACUACCGUCUCGAUCGUGAAGGUACAUCAGGUAUCAGCACCGGCCCCGAACUCACUAUCCUCGACUGGUCCGAACGAGCCGUCAUAAAUGGCAGCGUCGGUCGAAUCUGUAUUCGCGGCGAACCUGUAUUCCCUGGGUAUCUCAGACCCGAUGGUACAUACGACAAGUCACCUUUCAACGAAGCCGGUUGGUUCGAUACCGGUGAUCUUGGAUACAUGGACAAUGAUGGAUAUCUUUACAUCACCGGUCGGAGCAAAGAGGUCAUCAACCGCGGCGGAGAGUUGAUUUCUCCAUUUGAAGUUGAGAAUGCCAUUAUGACGGCUUCGAGAGCGAGUGAGUCACCCAUCUAUGGAAGGGUUUCACAGGCUUUGGCGUUUUCGGCAUUGCAUGAUGUUCUGCAAGAAGUCGUCGCUAUUGUGCUCAUCACACCUCUUGGUGCUCCUCGUGUUGAUCUGAGGACUCUUCAUGGCGCAAUGAAGUCUUCUCUACAGCAAGCGAAGUGGCCUGUUUUGAUCACUUACAUGGAUGACCUUCCGAAGAACAACAACAAGGUCCUACGUAUCAAGCUUGGUCAACGGCUGGGAUUUCCUUGUGUUUCUGAUGAUACACCUUAUAUGGCCAGGCAUUGGGAUGCUGCUUGCCCUCCAGCUGAUACACCCUUGUCAGAGCCUAUCCGAUGCUUGCCUUGCUCUGUUGACUACACAAAGCUUGCGAUUCAUAUUCAGGCCAUUGUACCAGACCUCGACGUUUUUUGUCUCCCCAGCACUCACGGUGGUUCUCCAGAAGCCGUCCUUGCGCCUAAAAAGACAGAGGUCACCGUUGGCCCUGAAAUUUCCAGCAUCAUUCGACAUCGACUGGCAUCUACCAUCGACAACUACAUGAUCCCUACCGAGAUUCACAUCAUGGCUCACCCAUUCCAGAAGGAUUCAUCUGGAGACAUCGACGUGGAAGUACUACGAGCAGAGCUCGAACAACUUCAAAUGGCUUCUAUAAACGAACUGACCGCCAGCACAGAGGGACUCGUCGCCAAAGCCUUCGCCGAAGUCCUAUCCAUCCCACCCCCUGAUAUUCCCCGCGACGCAGACUUCUUCAGUCUAGGCGGCGACUCCCUUCGCGCUGGUCGUCUUCUCUCCAUGCUCCGUAGCGAGUUCAGUAUCAGCCUUCCCAUCACAGCAAUCUUCAACGGCGGCACCGUUACCACCAUUGCUGCCCAUAUCGACAAGAUGCUCGAUAGCAAGACCAAUGAGUCUGAUCAACCUGGUGCUAUCGUCGGAUGUACCGAGACUUACAGUUCCACCAACCCCUUCCUUAUGAUCCUGCAGCUCUUCCCCCUCGUGGUCUUCUACCCCCUCCGCCGCGCAGUCCAAUGGACAAUCUUCUUCGUAACCCUCGCGCACUCCCAAAAACUCCCCACCAACCAUUCCCUCCCCGGCCGGUUUCUCAACCUCUGUGUCUCCAUGCUCAUCGCGCGCAUCAUCAUGGGUUUUGUAUCACCCAUCGUCGGCAUCAUCUGUAAAUGGCUCAUCAUCGGUCGCUAUCGCGAAGGACUUUACCCAAUGUGGGGAAUGUAUCAUACCCGAUGGUGGCUUGUGCAAAAGAUUAUUGCGAUCUGUGGCAAGGGCUUCUUUGAUGCGAAUGAGACGACGGAGAGGAUUUACUGUCGCCUUAUGGGGGCCAAGAUUGGCAGGAAUGUUAAGCUUGAGGGUGCGACGAUUGGAGAGUGGGAUUUGAUUGAGAUUGGGGAUGACUGUAACCUUACAAAAUGCAUCUGUCGACCUUUUGCUGCUGAGGGGAAUACGUCGAUGUAUCUUGGUCGCAUCACCAUCGGAAGCAACUGCUCUGUUGGAGUCUCUUCUAUCAUUGCGCCUGGGACUACCAUGCCGUCUGAUACAUGCCUCGGCUUCAAUUCAUCGAGCUGGGAGAUGCAGGACGCGAGUGAGGAGUACAGAGACCAGCUUCCAAGCCAGAAGCCCAAGCCUCAUUGGGUGUUGAACCUGCUCUUCACCACGCCCCUUAAGCUCAUCGGCCUGUUCCUCUCUGCAGUCCCUUGGAUGGCCGGCCUUGUCGGAAUGGUCACUACACAGGGCCAAAACGUGAAACACAAGGCUCCAUUGAGGAGCAGUGUGGACUGGUUCACUCAACCCAACCGAAUCGCCUACCAUUAUCUCGCGCUGGCUCUUGGAUGCUUAUUUGGUCCAUUCUUCCUGUUCGGGUUCGUCAUCUUGGUCAAGUCUAUUCUAGACUGUAUCUUUGGAAAGCUCAAGGCCAGCUCGCGAUCCACGGUGGAUAUCUGGAGAGCGAACCUGAUCAAGACGCUGUUGCCUGAGGGGAAGCUUCACCAGAUGACUUCCUUGUUUGGACAGCACUACGAGGCGACAUCUAUUGCGCUGAGGAUGCUGGGUGCUAAGAUUGGUGAGCGCGUGUACUGGCCUGGUACUGGUCCAAGCAUCGGUGACUACCACCUCAUUGACGUUGGUAACGACGUAGUCUUUGGCUCGCGUUCUCACCUCGUUACUUCUGAUGGGAUCGGUUCCGAGAAGGUCACCAUCCAAGACCGUGCCAUGAUCGCUGAUCGAGUUUGCCUCCUCCCCGGCGUCACAGUUGGUAAUCGUACUACCAUGGGAUCUGGGGCGCUGACCAAGAGAAAUGGCAACUAUGUGUCUGACGGUACCUAUGUUGGCUCCAAAGCAGGAGAUGCAGUCUGCUUGUCAACUGGUAGUGACACCAAGGUCUCUCGGUCUCACAUCCGCAACAUGCAGUCGGAGGAUACCCUGACCAACGGAAAGAAGUUCAAGGAUGAGAAGGACCGUCCUGAUACCCAACCUAGCACUACAUCUGGAAGUGAUGCAGAGGGCAGUGACGGCAAAGAUGACUGGGCACAGCAUCUUUCCCCGUUCGGUCGAGCUUUCUACCUAAAGCUAGCACCAUAUCAUGUCCUGGGCUCCUUCGCCAUCUUCCUUUACUCUGCCUUCUUCACAGUCUUCACCGCUGUCUACUGGGAUGUCCCCAGCGUCUCAUCCAUUCAGUUCGUGGGCAUCAUGUUCCGGAGCUCUUUUCCCCGUGGCAUGAACGUCUGGUUCGACCUUGUCGCCAUCUUCCUGACCAUGCUGGCCGGCAUCGCCGUCCUCUCCACCAUCCAGUCCGUUCUUGCGCUGGCGAUCAUCAUUGGAUCUAAGUGGCUACUCAUGGGUCGUCGCAAAGCUGGUAACUACGAUUGGGACAAGUCUCCGUACUGCCAGCGUUGGCAGAUCUUCCUCAGCAUUGAGCGCCUUCGCCGACAGUGCUACAAGGGCAAUGGUAUUCUCAAUCUCCUCACUGGAACACACUGGAUGGUCAUUUACUUCAAGCUCAUGGGUGCCAAGAUUGGCAAAGACUGCGCACUCUUUGUUAACGGCACCCCAAGCCUUAUGUUCACGGAGCCCGAUCUUAUAACUCUCGGCGAUCGCGUCGUUGUCGAUGACGCCAGUGUCGUCGCGCACAUCAACACACGUGGCAAGUUCGACUUGAACAGGGUUGAGAUUGGCGACAGAUGCGUGCUUCGAACAGGCAGUCGGCUUUUGAGCGGUGCGCAGAUGAAGAGCGACAGCUGCUUGCUGGAGCAUACGCUUAUCAUGGGUGGCGACGUUGUCGAGAAGAGAAGGACAAUGCAGGGUUGGCCAGCGGAGGAGCUCAAAAACGCUCUGAUCGGUAUCUCAGUCCUGACGUUUUCCACUGUCGUCUUCUUCGCGCUCCAUACAUCGCCUCACCUCCCGUUCCGACCGAGCACUAUUGAGACUUCAUGGGUUCCAUCAGACCCGCCAGCAUGGCCACCGCAGCCAGCUGAGAAUAGCCGAUACACCGACCGGCUCGUCAAUUACAAACCAGAACAUCCUGUAUUGAGUGAGGUGCAGCCCAUAGAAUCCAAGCGUCUUGCCGUGUUGCUACCAACCUUUGAUGGACAUUUCCCUCAAGUCUUUCGCUAUUUUCAAUCCGUCAAAUGUCUAUGCGUCGACCAUGACAAAGUGGACUGGCACAUCAUCGUAUCCAACUCUGCCGAAGUCGAAGGCCUCACCAAGCUUCUUUCGACCCUCGAAGACUGCAACCAGACGUUCAGUAGGUGGAAUACACCAAAGGACAACAUUCCCGGAAAGGAUCCGGUCUUCAACAUCGUGAACCUCUACGACAUUCUCCCAGCCAGGCUUCGACCGGACCUUACACCCGAAGACACGAGCGGUCUGCUGAAGAAAUAUGAUAAAUAUGCUUAUCAAUCUAUCAAGAAGAUGUCCGCAGCUGAGCAUUUUGACUACGACUUGGCCAUGUGGCUCGACUCCGAGGCGAUAUUUGUUACACCGGGCAAAAUCAGAGAUAUUUUUGAGGGGCAUCUGCAAAACCCCAUCGUCUGGCGAUCGAGAAUGUCAUUUCAAGACCGAGAGAAAUUUCUGAUGAGCAAAGCAGCAGCGACUCUCGGGCGGUCGAUUGAUUCUUUUGGGGAUCAGCUUUGGUUGCUGGAGUCUCUCCAGUGGAUCAUUGAGAAGCCUAUAUGGAAUGACAUGGUCUCGUCCGUUGAGAUGGCGCACGGUGGCAACUUUUGGGAUAUUUGGAUUGAGAACUCUUAUCCUUUUGAGUUGCUGGUGUAUUACCUCCAUAUCAUCGCACGCAAGAUGGAGACUGCCAAUUCGAUCUUUUCGAAUUAUCGUAUCCUGGAAACCGAGCGUGAGCUUAUUCGUUUUGGACUAGCUGAGUCUAUCUCAGAAAUGGAGGGCCGAAGAGGAACGGGGUUUAUGGAAAGACUCCCCCAUCUCAUCACGAAGCCUCACUCGGUUUUAGCACCGAACUUGGUAGCGUUCUGCAAAAGCUAUUCACUUCGUGCGUUGAGAAUGGAUAACGUGGAUAACUUUGAAGAGACGGCCCUCGACAGUUUUCUGAUUGAUGGGGAUAUCAAGAUGUUGGUAUCGGGAGCACCAGAUAUUCACAAGUGGUGGGAUGACCGGAUACAGAAUGGCGAGAAUAUCAAUAAUACCGCAACCAACUAUAGAAGGAAAGAUUGGAUAUUAGCUAAGAUCGCAGCGAUGGAAGACCCUGAGAAAUCUAAGGCUGUUAAACUUCUUUCACUUGCUUUCAGCCUCAAGAGAGUCAAAUCCAACGUUUUUGGUAGAAGCAAAGACGUCUGGAAGGCUUUGGGAAAAUACCAGUCCGAUAUUCUCGCUGAGCAGUUCAUCAAGACAUCGGGAUCACUGGAGGGCGACGAACAGGCCUCAUUCUAUGAGACUAACGGAAAGUGCAAAGUCUUUGUGUGUGCCCAUUCAAAAGCCAACAACACCCCUGUCAAUAUUCGUUCAUACACCACGAGUACCUCGGUUGAUAGUCUGUCCUUGUCCCAUUGUAAGAUCUGGGAAGCUGCACGGGCAACCUCAGCCGCAUCUGGAUUCUUCGAUCCCAUCAAGAUCGGCUGGCAAGAUUUUGUCGACGGUGCAACUGGUAGAAACAACCCAGUCGACGAGUGUUUUGUGAGCAUUGGGACAGGUAUCCCCGAGCCAAAAGACUUCGGAGAGAAUUUGGCGGAGAUCAAGAAAGCAAUUAUCGCCAUCACUACUGAGACCGAAGACACAGAGCGGCGCUUUUACGAGAACCAUGAGUCCUUUGGACUUGGCGGUCGAUAUUUUCGUUUCAACGUCGACAAAGGCUUACGGGAUGUCAGCUUGGACGAGUUUGACAAGGUUGGGAAGAUCAUGAUCGCGACAGAAUCUUACUUGAGCGGACCUCGAGUCCAGGAUAUUAUUCAAGAGUUGGUCCAGGUGGUUCCCGUGUCGUCGGUAUAUGCUACUGUCGCCGAAAAGGAUAAGAACGACUAUCUGAAUUGGCUCCCGUAUCUCGAUACACGAAGCACCCAUAACGAGGCGAGACGCUAUCGCACCGACAGCACAACUGGAAACUGGUUUCUUGAACAUAGCUUUAAAGAUUGGAAAGCCAAGUCGAAUUCUUUCAUGUGGUUACAUGCAAAUGCUGGCUCAGGAAAGACUAUUCUGUCUUCCACGAUCAUCAACCAUAUCGAAAAGCAGGGAGAGGGAACAGUGGCAUUUUUGUAUUUCUCUUACCACAUGGAUAAGGACCAAACACACCUCUCAAGGUUGUUCCGAAUCUCCCUCAUACUGCAGAUUCUUAGACCUCUGAUUGAGCCCGUGGGACCUAACUUCCUAGUACCAAGGAGGUUCCGGGAGCUCUAUCAUAAGUAUCAGCCAUCACAAGAACCAAGUGACGAAGACCUCGAAGCGAUUCUUCGUUACUUACUGGACUUGACACCUCAGACAUUCAUCAUUGUCGAUGCUUUGGAUGAAUGUAGUCCCAGUGGGGACCAACUGGAUGUCAUUGAGACACUGGGCACUAUUUCACUGAUGGCCAAAACCGAGUGUCAUAUCAUCAUAACGAGUCGAAAGGAACAACUUAUCGAAGAGGCCAUCCGAGAUCUAACAUUAGACAAGAAGAUCAUCCCGUUCGACAUUGCCGAGGUCAAUGCUGACAUUUCCCACCAUCUGUUGAAUGUGGUCAAGUCAAAGCCAUACUCAAAAUGGUCUCCUGAAUUACAAAACGAAGUUAUAAAACAUCUCGUAAACCGGGCCGAUGGUGUGUUUCGAUGGGCUGACUUGCAGAUUCGAGCAUUGGCAGGGCAAGUAAGAGAGAAGGAUGUUCGGCGAGCACUCUCACGACUUCCCCAAGGCUUGGAAGCAACAUACGAGAGGAUGUUGAACAGGAUAGACGAUCAAGACAAGUUUGAAGAGGCAUAUGCUGUCUUUAGGUGGAUUGCCUUCUCGACAACGAGAUUGAACUUGGCAGCUGUGUCAGAGUUGGCAGCUUUCGAGAUUGAGGACCCUGAUUGUUCACCGGAGUCUGAUGACUUCUCGAUUACUUUCAGCACUCGUAAUCGAUUUGAUGAGCCUACGGAAAUGCAGAAACUUCUUUCUAGCCUCGUCAUUAUUCCUGGUGACGAUAACCCGUACCGAACCUUUCCUUCCUUUGCGCACAGCACCGUACUGGAGUAUCUGACGAGUCCAAGGGUUUUCCCCACAAAAUUUCGCCUGGACCGUAUGGAUGCUACUUGGUUCAUCUUGAAAAGCUCAUGGGCGUAUAUGAGGCACUACGAUACGUCAACCCAGCGAUCCAAGGUCAAACCUUAUCCACUCCUGGAAUAUGCCUGCUAUCAGCUUUGGGAAUGUGCCCUGGAACUCACGCGGCGCAGCAUAAGCUUAAAAGGUCAGGUCUCAAAACAUAUGACUUCGACAUCAACUGAGGGACUUUCAAGCGAUGGAACUUCCUCGAAAUUCUCAGUCUGGUGGUUCUGUCACAGGAUGGAACUCCCAAAGAACUUCCUAACCAUGACUGUGCUCGACCUUUUGAGUUCCUCAGAACUGCAACAUCAAGUGCCGUCUUGGGAUUCUCUUUACUUGACAACUUCUAUUAGCAACGGUACACUGCUGAUCGAUGCUGCUGGGGCUGGUGAGUCCAGAGUUGUCAAACUUCUCCUUGAUAUGAGGCCCAUUGAAGAGAAUUUGAGGUUUCUAGACAUGGCGUUGCGAGGUGCGAGCAGGAAGCCCAGGGACCUAUUUAAACCCUACAGGAGUAUCAUAUCGGGUGGCGAGAAUACCACCGUGUUGACAGAACUGCUUCAAGUGGGUGCCGAUGUUAAUGGCGUCAGUUUGUCAGGCGAUGCAGCGAUACAUCUCGCUGCCACUCAUGGCCACAUCGAUAUUGUCACGUUUCUCAGUGAAGGGCAAGAAGUGCAUCGAGAUAGUCCCAACAGGAAAGGAGAGACUCCACUCUUGCUGGCUUCCAUGCACAGUCACACAGCUAUUGUCGCACUGCUACUAAGUCUCCGUGGUUCUGUAUCCCACCGGGGGGAUGAAGAGGGCAGGACUCCGCUGUCUUGGGCAGCUACGAGAGGUAACAAGGCAGUUUUCGAGCUCCUGCAUCGGGAUCAGAUUGUGGACGUGAACAAGGAAGACUGCCAUGGACGUACACCGUUGAUCUGGGCCUCAAUCGCCGGGCAGGGGGAUUACAUCAAAAGCCUAUUAAACGAUCCGAGAGUUGAGCCAGACCGUGCAGUUCAGCUAAGAUGUUUCAGACACCCCAGUGGAGAGCCGUUAUCACACUGUGGGAUGCAGGAGCAACAGUCUUUCCUCGCCGGUUCUCUAGAUGACAUCCAUGGUUUCAUAGAGGGCGCCGUUGACGUCGAAACCCCGACCUUCUGGGAAACGAGACAUCGUAUGCAGUAUUUCCAAUUCUUCCCCGAUGGCAAACGCGUUGCCGCGAUCGAUGAUGUAGUCACGCUUUAUAUCUACACUGCCGAUGAUCAGAAUAUAGAGCGCAGAAUACGGCUUUCGAGCCGUGCUAGUUACCUCUCGGUUAGUAAGGAUUCAAAGAGCAUUCUGGUGCGGCUGGCAAGCGGGAGCAUGCUCUUGGUCGACUCAGCGACUGGUUCCAUUCGCGCUCUGUCGCGUGGCGGAACUCCUAUUCUUACUGGGGGUGAAGAUGGCUAUCUCUUCAUUUGGGACCGAGCUACGGGGAAUUUGGUCUCCCGAGUUAAAGCUCAUAGUGCACGUUACAACGACGUUGCUGUUCAUCCGGCCUGUUCCUCGCUGUUUGCAUCCUGCAGCGAUAAUGGGACGUUUUCCUUCUCGAGUCGGGAUAGCGCUCUGAUAAAGAAGAUUUGUGCUUGGUAUGAGGAUGUUAGAACCCCUACAAAGUAA